CGUUUCCGGGUUGGACCCUCUACAAAUCCUAGCGUCGCUUCUUGGAUACGAGCAGGAGGCGAUGCGCUCACCGUGAGGGAUUAAUAACAACAGCAUAAACAUGGAUCCCCGAGAGAGGGAGGCGGCGCCUCCUCAACUGCCAGCAAAUGAAGAUGCGAGUCAAUCAUCCUUAAAUCUACUGGCUCAAAGUCAGAGACGCGCCAGUCGGGACCUGAGGCAGCGCAGGCUGGAGACAGAUGGGUCGGAGCUUCAACGACCACGCGGGCGCUCGUUACAGACAGAGCUCCAGGACAGUGACCUGUCUCCAGCUCUUUCACUGUUGCCUUCAAACUCUGGAGCGGAACACAACUUCACUGAAUAUUCCUUAUUCCAGCAAAGUGACAAUGAAUUUGUCCCUUUAAGGGCCUACCCGGACAUUUCCAUGGCAUCAGAAAGAUGUCACGUUCCUCUCUGGGAUCGCAGCGCUCAGGCCUCUGAGUGUGCGUCGCUGUCCCAGCACCCUUUGGCCCAGGCGACCAUCCUGUCUGAAGGAGUGAGCGGCUGCUGCUCUCUUUCUCAGCACAGUUUGUCCCUCAUGGAGGAAGGCAGACGAGAGGGAACAGUUCAGUCCCCACCGAUUGCCACCACUGAACGCCCGGGAGUCCCAUCCAGAGGUAACGCCAGCAGCAGAGAGAAGGACUUUAAGACGCACACUGACCCUCCAGAUGAGCCAACAGGAGAGGCCGCUGAAGACGACACGUUUUUUCUGAGUAAGGAUAUCGCUGCCCAGCAUCUUCUGAAACUUCUUCAGAAAGACAUCGGCAUGCCAAGCAGCAGCAGCAGCAGCGCUGUUUCCUCCACCUCGGAGACCUCUGUGAAGGCUGCUGCGUCUUAUGCCGAACAACCGAAAAGCACGAAGGUUGGUGAAGCCGCCACCGACCGAAGCACGGUGAGAAGAGAAGGUCCUCCGGGCGAAGCUUCUCUUCCCCAGACGCAACAACCCGACAAAGAUUUAUCCUCAGACCGAUCGCGAACCUCGUCGUCUAACGUCACGACGGGCUUCCGUAGCACUCGACCCGACGACAGCAGCGAGGACUUACGCCGAGAGCUGCUGCGCGAGGUCGAGAGGCGCGGCGGCCGCGAAGCUGGGGCGAAAAAACAACGGCGUAAAAGUCUGUCUGUCACGCCGUAUCCCACGGCGAUGUCCGAAGGCGAGCAGAGCGCGACCAGAAGGAACGCGGGCGGCCCGCAGCGGACGGGAGGAGUGGAGCGGGGUCACAGCGAGCGGGACCACUGGUUCUCGGGGAGCCAGACGGGGAUCGAUGGUUCCUACCUGGGUUUCCUUCCACAGUCUCAGUCCACUCCGGGAGUUUUCAAGGCUCCACCCAAAUCGAAUGCCACGGCUAAAUUCGGGCAACUUUCUGCCAUAGAAUCGAAUAAUAACUCUUCUCAGUCGAACACAGAGAUCUCUCCAGCGCCAGAUGUGCAUGUGGCCGAUGUCCAUCCACCAGACAAAGAGAAUCUAAGCCAAGAGGAAGUUACCUCUGCAAAAGUCCAGUCUCUCCCGAGUCUCAACUAUAUGCAGAAAGUCGACGCUUGGAGGGCAAAUCAGAGUUCAGGCAACAAGUCGCUGUUCGACAGCUCGGCUCUACGAGGGUUUUUUGGCAUAUCUCCGAAAAAGAAAGCUCACGACGCAGAACCCGACCCCCUGAAUCAGAUGCUGAGUCAGCAGGUGAGGAGUUUACAACCGCCUGCCGUUUCAAGUGCCGUCAAUCAGCACGUCACCGAGAGCUCCUCCUCGGCGCCCUCCGGCUCUCCUCCAGGAAGAGGGGAGGCGGCGGGCGGCGCUCCGAGCGACAGAGACGCCGCCGGGUCUGCGGCGAGACCCUCCGGCAGGUCGCCGUCCCGCUCCUCCCCGAGCACCGGCGUCACGUCGGGAAGGAGCUCGGCGGAAGAGGAGAGCGGUCGGAUUCCGGACGACGUCCUUCAUCGGCCGAGCGCCGCGGUUCAGCCGCCGCCGCCUCGCCCGAGCCUCGGUGCGUUCAGCGACGUGUCGCUCGAUCCAGAUUUGACGCUCUCAAGUUCCCAAGAUGGUUACGACGGCGGGAUGAAAUUGGGAACCGGGGCGUCUUCCGUCGUCAGCCUGGAGGUCGAUAACUACGCGCCGCACUGGACUUCAAAACGAUCCACGCCCCCCCCUCUGCCCAGGCGGCGGGAGCUCAACAUCGAAGAGCGAAUUCCGUUGUAUCUGCGUAACCUGGGUAUUGACCAGUCUCCCUCAACGAUUUUAACUCCAUUCGCGCCCAGAGGGCCAAUCAGAGAGCCUGAAUUCUCUCCCACUGAUCUCUGUACAAUUAAAGGAUCGGUUGGAACGCCAACCAAGAGCACCCAAACCUCUGAAGGCAGCAGUCCCCAAAAAAGAGAUUUUUCAGGAUGCAGCGUUCUGUCGGUGGACUCCAGUGUGUCCGUAACGUUGAGCCUGGACAGCCUCGGUGCUGGCGUGUCCCUCCCUGACUGGACCAGACACACAGAACCCUUCCAGAGUCAACGCAGCCUGGCGCCCUCCUCCCUUCCCGAUGAAGACUCUCAUCCUUCCGCCCGGCGACAGCACAUCGACAGCAGCUUGACCAGCGGCCACGGCACCGUCCUGCCGGGACCCUCGGAGUCUCCCUCGCAGACGAGUCGCGGCUCGGAGCAAAGCGCAGAACUUUCUCUCGUUGGCUCCGCCGCCUUGUGUGAGAUCCACAAACUUCUCUCUCAGAUGGAGAACGUGGUCUCUGCCGGGUCCUCUGAGGCGUCCUCCUCCGAGCCCGCGGCGCCCCGUCUGCUUUCUGACAAUCGCGACGUCUUCCUCUCGCCGAGGAGGAACACCGGCGGGCUCCGGGACCCCUCCUCCUCCUCCUCCUCCUCCCUCGCCACCGAGGAACCAGGAACUCGCCUGUGGGCCAGGUCCACGUCCGACUCCACGCUGACCUCGGAGAGGCUGAGAAACGGCUCCAUUGGUGGAGAGAGCGCGACUUCAUUGGGGCGACCCAAUAAUUCACCCGCACGAGCCGCGCCGACCGUCGGUGCACACAGACGGCCACAAGAUGGCGCCGUGGGCCGAGGUUCCGACCCGUCCGUCGUCCUCUCCCAAUCGGCCCGGCGGCGGGCCGAGCCCGAGGGCUGCAGCGCCGCUCCCCCCGACGACGCAGCGCCACCACAGCCGCCGGUCCUCACGCCGACUCCCGCAGACACAGAGGGGGGAACGCACACCGCUCCGGAAGGUCCCGCGUGGAGCGGCGCCUCCUCGCCCAGCUUCGAGGACACGGAUCCGGGCGCGACGAGCGACGGGAGCAGUCGGAGCUCGCUCGCAAUCCGAGUGGUGAAGCUGCUGCAGAGCGACUCUCCAGCCACGCUGGGGUCCAGCACGUCCAGCACCACGGAGCAGGAGCAGAGCAACGCCAGAGAGCGGAUCAAGCUGAGGUCGUCGGGUCGGCAGUGUGAGCCUCUGGAGUUGGACAAAGAAGACCGAAAGAGGAUCGAAGAGAUCAAGAGAGAGCUGCUGCUGAAGAACCCGAUGAAGAGUCUCACGAGCACAGAUACAGAGAGCAGCUCGGGGUCCAGCGUUCGAGUCCUGAAUGGGCCGGAUGCCCCUCGGCGAGCGGGGACGCCCCUCGGUGACCCCGACGACCCGCCGAGCCUCAGCAUGAAGCUCUCUGUGCCGCCGCAGAACCCUCUUCGCCCAGAUCCAGAGGCUCGGGUACAAGAGAUCGCAGCCAGAGAACAAGGAACCUCCAUCACCAGCUGCAGGCGCUCCACCUCCCCUUCUCCCUCCACCUCCCCUGCCCCUCCCCCGCGUCCGGCACCAGAGCCGCUCCUCCUGGCCGAGCUCUCCGCUGGAGAAGAGGACGGGGCGGCCAGGGAGCCGCCACCGGUCUUUGAACCCAGCCGCGACCCGACUCCUCCUCUGUCGGCGCCGGGGAGUCCGAAGAGACGAGACGCCGUCGGAGGCCGGCCGGAAGAACCUCCCCCGCCGGGUUUCGGCGGGGAGGACGUGAACGCCGAGGACGACGACGACUACGACCGCUCCGUCCAGGACCGCUCCGUUUCUGGCGCCGGUCACGAAGCCCAACAGGCGACGGGUCACGUCCGUCUCGCCCCGUCCCCCAAAGCCGCCGACCGCAGCCCGGCCGUCGAUGCCGUCGCCGCCGCGCUGCCGCCGCGUAAAGAAUUCGCCCUCCUCCGACACUCGCCUGCCGCCAGCAGUCCGGGCGAAGGAGUCGGUCUGUCCGGCCCACCCGAGCGGUACGACGCCAGAGGGCCCGGGAGGCAGCGGGCGCCGGAAAGAGCCGAGACGACGUCCACCCGGGUCAGAACCGCUGCAGCUCUGGGACGGACGACCUCGACCCCGCGGCGCAGAGCUGCCGCGUCGCAACGACCACCAGCGGUGCCGGUGCUGUUGCCGUAUAAACCCCGAGGAAGUGAGGAGCUGUUCUACAUGCCUCAAGCGGAAGCGGACGCCUCCUCCGUCGACCCUUCCGACACCACCAUGGAGAGCUCUCACACAGGCUCGGAUGACGCGGUGCCGCCCCGCUUCAGCAGCGAGGUCCUCGGGCUCAGAGACGCCGGGUCGGACCGCGGAGUCACCAUCAGACACUCAGAGGGCGUCUACAGCAAGAGGCUGAACACAGGCAGGAUGACCGCGCCGGGAGGCGCCUCCGUGUCAACAGAUGGAACGUCACCAACAACUCGGCCUCCUGCUCCUCAGCCUCCUUCUCGGGUAUCGGGUACCAGAGGACCGUUAUCAGGCGGCCAGAGGGCCUCCAAGAGAGACCAGGGGACCGGCCCGGUGCACUUCCCCAGUCCCGAUCCACCAGAGCCGGGCCAGGAGAGGAGGGACUCUGGACGCCCUCCCCCCGCUGCUCUGGACCAGCUGUGGGAGAGCUUCUGCGAGCGCUGGAGCCCGGAGGAGGCCCGCCCGCCCGGAGACAGGGAGGCGUCGCUGCUGGAGCGCCUGGAGCGCCUGUCCCGCCUCAUCGGCGACUCACGGAGCGCAAACCAGCCCCACCGAGGAGAGGGCGGAAAGGUCGAAGGUGAGCCUCCCACCCCGCUCCAGAGGCUCCGGGUCCGGACGUCGUCUCCUCCGCCUGCGGACGAGGACGAGUCGGAGGCCUCGUCCGGCGUCUCCGGCUCCGUGUCCACCGUGGACACGGCGCGGCUGGUCCGAGCCUUCGGGGCGGACCGAGUGCAGCACCUGAAGACCAGCGCCGGUCUCCGUAAGCUGUACGGCGCCAUCGCCGAGCAGAAAGAAGGGAGCGAGCGGAGAGGAAGAGGCAGAGAGACUCCUCCCCUCGUCACGCCGUCAGAGACCACCGGCACCGAGGAGUCCACAGUUGCGGCCGACUCGACGACGCCCCCCGGCCUCCCGCCCCCCCGCGGCCCCUCCAGGACUCUGGCAGCCAAGAAGGCCGUGAAACGGGUCAGCAGAGGCAUCCAGGCAGGCGGCGUGGAGCUCGUCGGUAACGGGACCCGGCGCCGCACGAGAGAUGUCGGAACCACUUUCCCUUCCCCCCAGACCUCCUCUUCCAGCUUAGAGAGAGGAGGAAGAGGAGGGUGGAGGAGCCCCUCGAAGAGUCAGGGGUCACAAAAACAGAGGAAGAGCAAGAGAAGCCCAGCGAAGACCCUCCCCGAAGGCGUGUCGUGGUUCAUCUCCGCCGACGACCUGAGGUCAGAGGAGAGGAAGGAGAACCGGCCCGAGGAAGAGGAGCGGCCGUGGAGCGCCUGGUUUGAGCCGUACGGCAGAAUCCAGCCGUGGAGGGAACCGCUGAGGCCGAGGCCGGCCCAGGAGGACGGGAACCGACAGGCAGAACCCGAUCCGGGUCCCAGAACCAAGAGGGCGUCCCCGGGUCUGACUCGCAUCUCUCUUCAGGAGGCGCUGGAGAUGCGUCGUCCAGAGUUCAUCUCUCAGUCCAGGCAGAGGGUGAUGCGCCUGGCGCUGCAGGCGGAGGAGAGGAAUCUACAGGAAGUCUUCCGCCGGGAGAGACACCAACUCUUCGGCCGGCCCGGAGGACCGGCGAGGCUGCCGAAUGCAGGCGCCGCUCUGCUCCGGAGGGCUGUUCCCCGAAAGGAGAUGAUACAGAGAUCCAAACAAAUCUACGAGAGUCUCCCGGAGGUGCAGAGCAGGAGAGAGGAGGAGAGGAGGAGGACAGAGUACCGGUCCUACCGGCUGAACGCUCAGCUCUUCAACAAGAGGAUCACGAGCCGCGUCCUGAGCCGCCGCCGCCGCCGAGCCGCCUGGCCGGGAUCGGACCCGUGAACUCUUCACGGAGAUCAAAUCAACGUGGAAGAGGGUUUUUUUUUACCAUUUUUAUAACAAAACUACCUAACUUAACUAAAAGAUACUUUUUAUUUAUUUGCGACCAAAUUGUUUUAGUUGAUAUCUGAAAGAUUAUGUAGGAUUCUACUCGUUAGAGCAACAUAUUUGUACAUUUUUCUACUGUUGAAAAUGUGUUUUAAUGUAAAGGAAAAAAAUAAACCUGAUUUUUUAAAAACA